UCGCGUCCGAAAUACCUGCGCCUGUUUUCUCUAGUUUAAGAUCCGAUGGCGUCAUCAGAACCGUGUGGUCGCACCCCUGUGAAGAAGAAAAGUGGGCGCAGGUACUGCUCUGUCAAAGACUGCCACAGUCGCGAAGGGACACCAGGCGUGAGGCUGUACAGUUUUCCGUCAAAGCCUUGGGAGAAGUCACGAAGGCAAAAAUGGAUUAUCGCCGUGCGACGAGUCAAUUUUGAGGACUCCUCUAGCUGGCAGCCUAAUCGAGAUUCGAGGGUGUGUUCCAAACAUUUUGUGAAUGGCGAGAAAAGCACAAUUGAAAGCCACCCAGGUUAUGUACCAACAAUAUUCCCGACCGUGUACAAGAAGAGGUCCACUUCAUCUACUGCUCAGCUGGCUAGAUUUAAUAGGUGGAAGCAGCGGCACUCUGGGUCAUCUGCAUCACUGGCUACUCCUGCAUCAGCUGAUUCCCCUGGACCAGCUUCUCCCUACACAGCUGAGACAGGAGCCAUUGGUACCAGCAGCCUUACCACAGUUGAUCUAGCAACUAGUACAGACCUGUUGUACGAGCGGAGCUCGACAGAGGGCUUGGAUCUACUGUCCACUGUCGCUGCUGAGCUUUGCACUGCAGUAAAAUCUGUGGAAACACAAACUGAAGAAAGAAGCGUGUCAAGCAAGAAUUUCUCGGUGUUCAUGUGCUUCAUUAGUGAGUCAGGGACAUCAACUCAAGUGACACAUCUUGAGACAUGCGACAACAGUGUGCAACACAAGCCAGAGGUCAGUAGCAGGCAUAGUGGCUCUGACCACAGAACCAGCUACUUCUCCGGCUACGACAGCAUCGCUAAAUCUGCAAAUGCAUUGCAAGACCUGUGCAGUGUCAGCAAAGAAGUGUUUGCAAUGCUUCUGAGCAUGCUUCCACCUUCAGAACGAAAAUGUGACGUCACUGCUGAGAAUAGGCUUCUUUUGUUUCUUUUGAAGUUAAAGCUUGGAAUCAGCUACUCAUCACUGGCUAUUCUCUUCUCGGUAAGCGAAACGUCGGCAUCAAGGCAUUUCAAGAGUGUUCUCAAAACGCUCGCGGUGGCCACUAAACAAUGGAUUUUUCGCCCCCCACCAAGAGUGAUUCAGGCCACAAUGCCAGACAGCUUUAAGAUGCAUUAUCCUAGCUGCACUAUGAUUAUUGACUGCACAGAAAUACGUACAGAGCAGCCACCAACUGUGCAACAAGAACGAGUCUUGUACUCAAAUUACAAAGGCGCAUAUACGCUGAAGUUUUUAGUGGCUGUAACACCAGGAGGAAUGAUUUGUUUUUGUUCAAAAGCCUAUGGUGGUAGACUGUCUGAUGCCCACAUUACAGUUGAUUCUGGUUUCCUCGAUCUUGUUCAACCUGGGGAUACAGUUCUUGCCGAUAAGGGAUUUCCAGGCAUCCAGACAGUUUUAGGAAACCAGAAUGCUGUUCUUGUUAUGCCUCCAUUUCUCCAUGCCUCUCAGUUUACGCCAGAGGAGGUUAGGGACACUUACAAUAUCGCUCAAGUGCGGAUACAUGUCGAACGAAUGAUUCAGAGGAUUAGAAUAUAUAAUGUCUUGAACAACAAAGUACCAACUGAGCUUAUCCCAUGCAUGACGGAUGUCUUUCAUGUCUGCUGUGUGCUAGCAAACCUCCAGCUCCCAAUAAUUAAGCGCAAAGAACAACAACAGUCAUUUGUCGUGUCUGCAUCAUGAACAAUCGACUUUGCCUCACUCUGGAUUACACAAAAUGAAAUGAAUGAAUGAUGGGGGAGCAUCAGUGCGCUAGGCACCAUUUCGAUAAUAGGACUUGUCUUCGUCUAGGCUGGCCGGGGGUUUCGACAAGUGCUCUUGCCGAAACAUUAGCUAGUGGACUGAGGCCUUCAUAGCUUUCUUAUUUUGCUCUGUGUUGCCAAGGAUCUCAUCUGCCAUGGAUACUCACUUUGCAUUAUUUGUUUGAGCUAUUUGCAUUUUAUUGUUUCGAAAUUGGACGUGGUCAUUGAGAAACACCGUAAUGGUGGGCUCCGGAUUAGUUCUUAUUUCAUUGCGGUUCUUUACAGUGCACUGAUAUCGCAGAGCACACAGGCAUUGACCAAUUUUUGCACACUGUUGGUGCCAUUUCCAUGCAGCUUAGGUCAUCUAUGAUGUUCCAUUAACAAACUUCUGUCUCGUGUUGCAUUGUGUCACUUACUUGAGCUUGAAAUAGGUGAACCGAGCAUGUUCUGGAGCGUUGAAAAUAGAUGUGUGAUGCUGUACAGUGGAAAAAGAGCCUGUUUUUGUUUUUUGUGUGUAUAAACUUAAGGGACUGGGUUGAGCUGUUUGAUGUAGAGAAGAAAAAAAGGUACUGUACUGGGAACAUUUGCGAGUUCUGCGUAGUCACCUGCCUUUACUUGUCAGUGAAUUUUGUGUACAUGUGACUUACUCUUAUGUUUUCCACUUUUAUAUUAUGCAAUCCUGUUUUGCAUGAUAUUUUUGGUAUUUGAUGUCAUUGCCAUUAGGCACUUACGUUUUGAAGUCUGUCCUAUUGCCUCCGAAUGCGAUUGCAUUUCAACCUGCUUUGGAUGCGCUAGCUUUAGUUCAGAAUAAUAACUGUUCCAGCAAGCAGCAGCUUAUUGUUUAGCUUCAUCGUCGUCAUCAUCAUCAGUCUAUUUUUAUGUCCACUGCAGGACGAAGGCCCUGUGACCUCCAAUUACCCCUGUUUUGCGCUAGCUGAUUCCAACUUGUGCCUACAAAUUUGAUGACUUCAUCAGGAAAUUUGUUUAGCUUAAUAUUUGCGAAAAGCAUGCCCUUCUAGUGCAGCUUCUCAAAUGCUGCAUUAACUUGCCAACUUAUGUUUCUAGUGUGACUGCUUUCAGUGUUGUGCACACAUGAAGCAGCAGAACUAGUGAACAAAUGACAUGUUAACUCUUAAUUUUUUUUCUAAGAUUGUCAAUACCAUAUACCACUAUGUACCUUUAGGAUAUAGGCAUUUUCUUCGGUUGUGCAAUAAAAGUGAGAAAUGUGAAA